AUGGGCUUAGUAAAUAUUUCUAAUAUUCGAAAAUACUGGUCUCCAAACUUAGGAAAUCAAAUUAUUCAAGAAACGAUGAACGUCAACCAAUUUGAACAAAUUCGACAGUUCAUACACUUCAAUAAUAAUAAUAAUAUGUUACCUAAAACCCAAGUGAGCCAUGACAGAUUACAUAAAAUUAGGCCAGUUAUCGAGACUUUAAAAAAACGAUUUGCUUCUAUACCUUUAGAAGAAGCUUUAUCUAUAGAUGAGCAAUUAUGCUCAACUAAAGCUCGUCAUUAUCUCAAGCAAUAUCUACCAAUAAAACCCCAUAAGUGGGGAUACAAAUUUUUUGUUUUAUGCGGUGUAUCUAGUUUUUCCUACAAUUUUGAAAUGUAUAGUGGCCAGGAAAACAAUGACGUUAAUAGGUAUUCAUGGGAACCAAAUUUUGAUGCUUCGGGAAAUGUAGUCGUCCGACUAUGUAGAAUAAUUCCGAAAAAUAUGAAUUAUAAAGUUUAUUUCGAUAACUACUACACGUCUGUACCAUUGAUGGUGUACAUGAAAAACCGUCAAAUAUGUUCUUUGGGUACGGUUCGCAGAAAUCGCCUGACUAAUGUCUUAUUACCUAAUGAAAAGGAUUUUUUAAAAAAACCACGAGGUUCGUCAGAUUAUUGUUUGGCAAACAUUAAUAAUCAAGAAGUUUUUGCCACAUGCUGGCGUGAUAACAAGGUGGUAACUUUACUAUCUACAUUUGUGGAAAUCGAUCCUAUGUCUAAGGUAAAAAGAUUUUCAAAAACGGAAAAUAAAACCAUUGAAAUAGACUGUCAACAUAUUGUAAGUGUAUAUAAUAAACACAUGGGAGGAGUAGACCUAUUGGAUAACUUGUUAGGACGACAGAAAAUUAAAAUAAGAAGUCGUAAAUGGUAUUUAAGGAUUUUCUAUCAUUUACUUGAUGUGACUGUUGUCAAUUCAUCGCUGUUACAUAAGUGA